GUGCUGGGCAAGAAGUUGGUGCCGUCAUAUUGCAGCACACCUCACCACCACUCGCACAUCAACCUCACGGCGUCUCCCAACAUUUCUGCGGGAAGGACACACACGCCCCGGAAGCAUGACAUUCAUGUCAGUUUGGGCCGUGUUGGCCCUUGUGGUUACCACGGAAGCAAGUGUUGGCCCGAGCACCAGUGGCAGCUUUUGCACUGAGACAAAGGAAUGCCUGGACUUUGAGGCGGUCUGCAAAACCGAUGAAUAUGAAGUCCGACACUACAGCCCCACCCGCUGGGUGUCGACAGACGCCGAGGCCUACUUCAUGGGUGUGGGUGCUGCCAUGGCAUUCAGGAGACUUUUUCAAUACAUCACCGGCGCCAAUGAAGCAGGCAUCCAGAUGGAGAUGACCGCGCCCGUGUUGGUUAAAAUCCCGGAGGAGACUAAAAUGUGGGAGCUGGCCGUUUACACGCUUCACUUCCUGCUGCCGCAAGCGUACCAAGACAAGCCGCCCGCACCCACCAAUGACAAAUUGUAUUUCACCGAGAUGCCCGAGAUGGACGUCUACGUGCGAAGCUAUGGAGGUUGGAUGUUAUCGGUGACGUCCAGGCUUCAUGCACACCUGCUGACCACAGAGCUGGAGAGAGUGCGGGCGCCCUACAACCACACCUUCCACUACGGCGUCGGCUACGACAGUCCCUUCAAGCUUCUCAACAGGCACAACGAGGUGUGGUACGUGGCUGAGGGGCCGCCAGUGUGUUCAGAUCCACAGGAGCCCACUCCCGCUCACACCCCCAAGAUGACACCCAGCCCUCCCGCCAAUCUCUCAUCGGAUCCCCUCGCAGACUCCGCCUCCCUCACAGCCACCAACCUGACAUCAUCCAACACCUCGGACACGCCAGCCGACGCAUCUACCGACAUGCCCACCGACAUGCCGCCCAGCCCCUCUUCUUCUCGCCUCUGGGUUAACCUGAGCUCCGCCCCCACCUCGGCUAAAGUCCCGACAGACGUGGCGCCCAACACCACCUGGUCCGCCUCCACGGCCCUCUCGCUGGAACCUCAAGGGGACGCCGCCAUGGGGAACAGCACCGAGCGCAUUUUGGCCAACCCCCAACAAGAUGGCGUCUAAGUGGAGGCGUGCUGUUGCACUACGACACCCAUGUUAGCUCAUUGUGCUUCACUAGCCACAGAAAACUGCAUCAGAGUAUUGGUCUUAGCUGCUGAGUUAUGUUCAAACUGCCGCUAAAAUUGGCGUUGUAUAACCCAGUGUUUCUCAACCUUAUUUGGAAGUGAGGCACAUAUGUAUUUUAUGGGUGGAAAAAAAUCUGAUACUCCUGGACUGACCUAUUGACAGAUUUCGUUUUGGCCGGGCUUCAUUCGUCAUUGUUUUUGUGCUUGGGCUAAAACAUAACAAUUGUGCUUUGGCUCCAUCUUUUGGUAUUUUGAUGCAGAGGAACUAUUUUUAAGUAGAACAGCGCUAUAUAGUCCUUUGCCGCCACCUUGUGUUUGCUUAGUUGAGCACAAAACUACUGUUAUGGUCCUGUUGCGUUCGGCUUAAUUGCACAUAAAGAGCAUUUAUUUUGCCCCGCAGAUGGAUGAACAGAGAUACUUUAUUUGUCACAAAGGAAUCAUUUUUGGACCAAUUGGAUACUUUUCUGUGGCACUGGGGAAUCAUUGGUAUGAUCAAGCUUUGAAGAUUUUGAUUCUAUCCACCACGUACUCAUGUUGUCGUUCAUUGGAACUUUUGCGCAUUAAAGCAUGCUGGCGCUUGGAUAGCUUCGUUGAAUUGUGUGAACACAUUUUAGGAGCCAAAGUACUGUUACAUUACAAUUAAAACGAAUGAAAGUGAA